AAUACACUUCUUUCAGACUUCAUACACUUGCGCUACAGAACACAGGAGGAAGAGCAAGAGCAACCAAAAAGAAAAUGCAGAGCCUGCAAGCCAAGGCCGCCGAGUGGAGCGGAGUUGACUCGGCGGACGCGUUCGCCAUCGACGAGUCGAACCUGUUCGAGAAACUAGGGCUCCAGGCCUUCGUCAACCUCUCCACCAAUUUCUACAACAGGGUUUACGACGACGAACAAGAAUGGUUUCGAUCAAUUUUCGCCAGUUCCAAGAAGGAAGACGCAAUCCAAAACCAGUACGAGUUUUUCGUGCAGAGAAUGGGAGGCCCCAAUCUCUACUCUCAGAGAAGAGGCCAUCCGGCUCUGAUUGCACGUCACCGUCCAUUUCCCGUCACGCACGAAGCGGCAGAGAGGUGGCUGCAUCAUAUGCAGCAAGCAUUGGACACCAGUUCUGACAUUGAUGCCGAGUCCAAGCUCAAAAUGAUGAACUUUUUUAGGCACACUGCGUUCUUCCUUGUGGCUGGAGACGAGUUGAAGAAGAAUCAGACUCAGGCACAGCAACCUCCUCCAUCUAAGCAUGGAACCAGCAACAACCACCAUGCGUGCAAAAAAAUUUGAAAAAUAAGUCUCCUUGAUCAGUAUUCAAUUGUUGACAGGAGCAACAAGAUUGUAAUACAGUAAUCUGAAGUUAACCCUCUUUAUUAUGUGCUUCAAAAGGAGCACAGCUUGUUACAUUAGCCCUUUAUGAAUAAAUCCAUGAAAAUAGAUCAUAGGUUUAUGCUUC